CCCCUUCGCGUCUGCGCGGUUGACACAUUGACCGUGACUUUAAAAAACUCAAAAUGUUGCGUCUGCUCGUCGCCACCGCUAUUUUCGCGAUAGCCCACGCGAGGCCAGGUCUUCUCUUCGCCCAACCCCUACAUCCCAUAGGGGUUGAGUAUGCCCACCCAUCAGCACCAGUAGUCCACCCACACCCUGCUGUGGAACUCAACGCGGCAAGCGAAGCCUUACUACCAAGGGAACUGCUGAAGUCCCAUGACUUCUAUGACAACCCUGCGAUAGCUGCAGGUCUGGCCAAAGAGUCCUGGUUCACGAAUAAGGAAAUGCAGGUGGUGGAGAGAGAGGCUGAAAAGAUCCCGCGGGAGAAGAUUUACAAUAUUGUGAAGAAUGCUGGGUUCUUGGACCAGCAUUAGAAGGUUGGAACAUGAUCACAAUUUAGCUUUGUCGGGUGGAAUGAUAGAAGAAUUACGUCUGUGCUCACUGAAGUACAUUCAAAGUCAAACUUAUUUUUUAGAGAGACACCAUGACAUGAAGAAAAAGGACUCGACAAAAUAGUUGAAGUGUGUGAAAGUUUUAGUUUAAGAGUGAUAUCGAACAAUUCCUAGGAAUAAUGUUUUUUUUGGUAAAAUCGACGCAUUUUUUCUGAUGAUUUUAAUUUAUUAACAAUCCUGCUGACUUCGAAGGGAAGAUGAUUUCUACUUUAAAGCGCCGUUACCGCAUUUCUAGUAUUAACUGUCUCUCUUACUCAUGGUAAGAUGCCGGUACAAGCA